AUGCCGGAAGCAUUAACGAACACGGCCUCACAGGUUGAGAUAACACCAGUUUCGGAGGCCCCCCAACACCAUCCUGAAUGUACAGCAGCCCGGACGACCAUUCAACAGCUACUCUUAACCAUAAGGCAGAUCAUCUUCUCCAGCAUUGUCAACGUCCUGCUGGUCUUCGUGCCGGUCGGUAUCGCAGCUCAGCUCACUGGGCUCCCUGCCGGCGUAGUAUUCGCCAUGAAUGCUGUUGCAAUUGUCCCAUUGGCAGGCUUGCUCACUUAUGCAACGGAGAGUUUGGCUAGUUAUGUUGGCGAUACUGUCGGCGCCUUGAUGAAUGUCACUUUCGGCAAUGCUGUCGAGCUCAUUAUUUUCAUUGUUGCCCUCGUUAAGGACCACAUCCGCAUCGUCCAGGCGUCGCUUGUUGGAUCUAUUCUAUCCAACAUGCUCCUGAUUUUGGGGAUGUGCUUCCUCCUUGGCGGUCUCCGGUACCGUGAGCAGGUCUACAACACAUUCCAUGCCUCUUUCACCAACUCAAUAGCCGCGGACGAUAAAGUUUUGCAGGUUAGCAGGGGGACGAGCGUGAUCAUCUUGUUGGUCUACUUGCUGUAUCUGGUAUUUCAACUCAAAUCCCACUCUUACAUAUUUGCUCCAACUCCACAACACAUUGUGGAAAGGGAGUCAGCGCCAGGACCUGCCGCCCAAUACUUCCACAACGAUCAGGCACCCGAUUCUUCUCAAUCGAGCUUACAGGAGGAAACCGAUGGCUCAAAGCCUAGGAGCGACGCAAGCGAGUUGAUACAUUCAACCAUGCUUGGAAAAGACAAGGACGAAAGGCUGAUUCUUGACCAAAGCAACCAUGACGGUCCGGACACGGCUGUCAACCGUCAGAGCGCCUCCAAUUUGUCUCGCCGCCGACUGCGGUCUCUGUCGGAACAAGAACUAAUCCUGUGCCCUAGCCAGCGAAAUAACCACACAGUCUCUCUGGAUGAGUCAGUUGAAUGGAAUGGGUAUUGUCAAGGGCAUAAGAGCCGAUCACAGCCCGGAGUUUCACAUUCGCGCAGCAGUGAUGGCCAUGGUUCUCCCUCCCAGGGCCCUUCACGGAUUCCUCGACAGGAACAAGACGGUAUCGGACGCAUCGACUUUGCCUCUGGUCCUACUAUAGAAGCACAGGCAAUACCAUCUCAACUUAGGCCGCUUUCCAUUCUGGCUCUCCGACCUUCGACUACAAGUAGGCUUGCCACAUGUUUCAACGAACCGGUCCGGAACUCUUGGCCAACCACUGGAGUCCGCAGAGCAUUUACUGAGCCUGUUUGCCACGCACAAGAACCUAUUGUAAGAUCGCAACGAGCCCGUGGCAGUGACCCGACGUCUGUUGCUCCCACCACGGGUUCGCCCGACACUCUCAGCACCGUCCAGGAACCGCCUAAACAUCACCCCUGUGUGGCCUCACGCAAUACCGCCAUCAUUUUGCUUUUGAUUUCUACGGCUCUCGUGGCUGUUUGCGCUGAAUUCAUGAUUUCCUCUAUCGACGAACUUGUCGCCACUGAUCCUGGUCUUUCCGAGGCUUUCAUCGGCUUGAUUCUGCUGCCUGUAGUGGGUAACGCGGCUGAGCAUGUGACCUCGGUGAGCAUGGCGCUGAAGAACAAGAUGGACUUGGCCAUUGGUGUGGCGGUUGGAAGCAGCAUUCAGAUUGCUCUGUUUGUUACACCCUUGGUAGUGCUAUUGGGAUGGGCACUGGGCAAGGACAUGAGUUUGUUCUUUACUCUAUUUGAAACCGUGUGUGUGUUCGUGAGCACCUUCAUUGUCAACUUCUUGGUGCUUGACGGAAGAAGCAAUUACCUCGAGGGAGCGUUGCUUUGCGCUGGUUACGUCAUAAUCGCAGUAGCCGCGUUCUUCUACCCUGACGCGCAAGCUGCGAACUCGUUGGGAGGUGGGAAUUGA